GCAUGUCAUCAUGAGAUCAAUUCGCCUGCCACGGGGAGCCCGCUUGGCCGGGCAGCCCGCUUGACAUCCCCGUGGACGGGGCAGGAGUCAGCACGCUGUGCCGCCUCGGCCUGCAACAUGCUCCUGCCCCUCCUGCUGCUCGCGGGGGCGGCCCGCACCGCCGCGCAGACGACAGAAGGGGGCUGCACGUGCCAGGAGGCAUGCACGACGGCCAAUCACCACCGGGAGUGGUGCAAAACAAUAAAUGCGUGCGGCACAUAUAGUUUGUGGGGCUACUACUGGGACAAUUGCGCGACGACGCCGACGCCGGGCGAGUCGACGAAGGGCGGCUGCACGUGCAAGAGCAGUUACACCUGGAACUGGAAAACGUAUGACGGCUGCACGACCGACGACCACUACGCGAGCUGGUGCGCCGUCCAAUCGCCGUGCUGCCCCUUUUUUGGGACGGUCGGCUGCUGGGACGAGUGCGGGACUGAGGGCGAGCCCUACGUGGUGCUGGAGUGGCCGGAAUGGGGCGAAGACGACCCGUGCGAAGAAAAGCUGGACGCGUGGUGGGAGUGCAUGCAGGACGAAUGCGGCACGACCGAGGCCUCGGAGAUGGGGGACACGCUCGGCGGGUUGCUGGGCGCGUGGCUACCCGGACGGACCAAAUUCGGAAAACUGUGCAGCUUACUCUGUACCUUUUUAGGUUCGUGCGGGUGCCAGCAGGUCCUCGGGCAGAUCGGCUCUGAAAUAUUCGGCAUGCUGGGCCAGCUCGUCUUCGGCGGCGUCUCAUUCCUGGCGAACUGCGGCGACAUCCUCGCGGAUUCCAAGGCGGCGAAUGCCCAGGCGGAUAGCAUCCAGGGCAAGUCCUGCGAGGAGAUCGGGGCCUCGAACGGCUUCGCGAGCGAGUGUGUCAACCUCCCCUACAACCGGGACAUCUGCGUCGCCGAGUACCGCAGAUACAUCGAGUGCAAGUACGAGGACCAAGCGGAGCAGCAGAACCUGCUGAAGGACUGCCAGCUGACCUGCCCGACCGAAAUCAUCAACGCCGCGCCGACGCCGGCGCCGCGGUGGCCGACGCCGACGCCGACGUCCUCGGGGGUUGGCGCCGAUGCGUCGGCGGGACUCAUCGCGGGCGUCGUCGUGGGUGUCGCCGCGCUCGCCGCGAUCGCCUUCGGGGCGUACUGGUUCAUGCGCGCCAAGGGCGGCGCGGAGCCCGCGGAGCCCCCGAUGAUAGAGGUGGAAGAGAUGGCACCGGGCCCGGUCCCGCGCAAGGAUCAACUCUACGCCGCCGCCGUCCCAGUCGCUUCGGCGCCGCCGACCAUGCCGCCGCCGCCGCCAGAGCCGGCUCAGGAGCGCCCCUCCAUGCUGUCGAGGCUGGCGUCCUGGCGGGCGCCGGCUGCUGAGGCGCCGACCGGGCGCAACUUGUUCUGCACUGCGUGCGGCGCCCCGGUCCAGGGC